AUGGGGAGUUUGUGGGUGGCAAAUGGAAGAAAUAUUGAGCUAUCAGGUACGUACAAAGGGCAAACAAGCAAAUACGAGCGUACAGAGUGGAUCAGUGAGCGGUUGCGGCGGGAAACGCAAGAACGGCUUAUAUGUGAACUACGGCGCCCAAUUGCAUGGCGUGACAGAGCAGGGCUUAUCUGUGUAUUCAGUAUAGAGCAGACAAGGUGUUUUGUGCAGGCAGAAAGAAAAAAUGAAGGCUUUAAAAGCAGCAAUCAACGUAGCCUUAUGCACAGCGUUGUGCACAACGUUAUCGGUAAGCAAAAUUUGUGUGGGGUAAUGCGGGGUAAUGUGGGAAAUAAAGUAGAAAGAAGGGAAAUAGGAAGAAUUGGAGGGACGGGGAAGUUGGUUAAGAUUGAGGGGAGUAUCCGUGGAAGGGUGCGUGAGUGGCCAGCAGAGUGUAGUUUUACAGCAGAGCUAGUGGAGUGUUUUCCAGCGGGGAGUGAGUGCCCAGCAGCACAGCGUGUAGAGCGGCUUAUUCAUAUUGAGCUUGAGCGUUUUGCAUGCACGGCACAGCCGUGUAUGCCAUGUGGGAUUGCACACAGGGAGUGGUUCUAUGUGCCGAGUGCAGCAGCCUGGAAGGAAGUAUGCCAGACGAUUGAAAAGUGGGUGGCAUUUUCGUUUGUUGCAUAUGGGGCGUCAUAG